GCUUGAGAGUUCUCCGAUCCCUAUAAAAUGGAAAUUAUUGAGAGUUAAAAUCAUACUCUCAAACCACAAUAAUGUCAAACCAUUUUCAAGGGCCCGUAACCACAAACCUUAAACAGGUUUUAACCAAAGAAGAACAAGUAGCCGACGAGAACAUGGUGAGCUUGCAAGCUGAGAGUAUAGUGAACACUCUGGCUUUCCCUAUGGUUCUUAAAGCCGCCUUGGAGCUCGGCGUCAUCGAUACCAUCGCUGCUGCAGGCAACGGUGCGUGGCUUUCACCCUCCGAGAUAACGGUUAGUCUCCCAACCAAGCCAACGAACCCGGAGGCACCGGUUUUGCUGGACCGGAUGCUGCGGUUACUCGUCAGCCACUCGAUGUUGAAGUGCCGUAUGGUAAAAAGCAGAGAAAACGGUCGAACCGGAAAGAUGGAAAGGGUAUACGCAGCCGAACCGGUUUGCACAUAUUUCUUGAAAGAUAGUGACGGUUCUGGUUCUCUCGCGUCUUUGCUCAUCAUGUUCCAUGACCAAGUCAUUUUUAAGACUUGGACAAAGCUCAAGGAUGUGAUACUGGAAGGAAGAGAUGCGUUCAGCAAUGCACACGGCAUGAGAAUAUUUGAAUACAUUAACGUGGACGAACGAUUUGGUGAGCUAUUUCACCAGGCAAUGUCGGAAUCUUCCACAAUAGUCAUGAAGAAGGUGCUAGAAGUUUACAGAGGUUUUGAAGGUGUUAACACUCUCGUGGAUGUAGGAGGAGCAAAUGGCACCAUAUUAGGUUUAAUCACAUCCAAGUAUCCUCAUAUCAAGGGAGUUAAUUUUGACCUAGCUCAGGUUUUAAUCGAUGCUCCAUUUUAUCCAGGAGUUAAGCAUGUCUCUGGAGACAUGUUUAAAGAAGUUCCAAGCGGAGAUGCCGUCUUUAUGAAAUGGAUAUUACAUGAUUGGGCGGACGAACAUUGUAUAAAGAUUCUAAAGAAUUGUUGGAAGAGUCUGCCGGAAAAGGGAAAGAUGAUAAUUUUAGAGAGGAUUACACCAGAAGAACCAAUGGGUGGUGACCUUUUAUCUGAUACUGUGUUCGCCAUGGACCUGCUAAUGUUGACACAAUGUUCGGGUGGUAAAGAGAGAUCUCUUUCACAAUUCGAGAACUUAGCAUUCGAGUCAGGUUUCAUUCGAUGUGAAGUCAUUUGUCUUGCGUAUUCAUAUUCUGUUAUCGAGUUCAGCAAAUAGAUAUAUGUGGCAUUUGGAAACAAUAAUUGGGCUGGUAGUCUGGAACUAACAUUGCGGGC